AUGCCGGAAUUGGGGAGGCAGGCGCAAGGCUCCGACAAUAGCACCCCGCGAAAGAGCUACUAUCAGGUUGUGAACCAUCUGGAACAACAGUACGUGAAAGAUGUAAUAAAACUGGUCGGGAAGGACCUCAAAGGGGAGAAGGAGAAGAAGAGUGGUUUUGUUUAUGUAGUUCAAGAAAGAUCUGGAUCUGUCAAAAUUGGGUUUUCGAACUUGUAUAAUGAUUCACAAUCCGCGGGCGUCGAAAAAUGCAAGUUCAGACUCAUAAAUCGACAACACACAGGCAGGUUUGUUGGAGCCUUCAGGUGCGAGCAGAUUGUCCAUAAGGCUCUUUCCAAAUAUCGAUAUGAUCUCCAUAUGUGCGAGUGUGCGCCAGUGAAGAAACACCGAGAAUGGUAUCGGAUCGAAUUCGAGAAGGCAAUGUCCGUUGUCGAGCUUGUCUGGAGCUGGAUGCUUCUAGCCCCUUACGAAACAAUCUCAGAUGACGGCAGACUGAAGCCUGAGUGGCAGCACGCAUUGAAAACGUUCAUAGAGAGUUUGGAGAGUAAGACACCUCAGACACUAGAAGAUCUGUUCCCAAGGAAUGAUUCCCUGGAGUGGGAUGGGCUUAUACCCCAGCAAACUCCCACGCAUCGAUCACCCUCCCCAAACUAUGACUUUCUCGGAAAGAAAUCUCCAGGUUUCCAAAGGAGCAGCCCUUUGAUAGCCGACUCUGGAACCGGCGAUAGAGGCGGUACGCCUGCCAAUGCUACGGAAUCUCGCUCCGCGGAAAACAUGACGCGUCGCUAUAAAGACGAGACACGAGUGCGCUCUUCUUCAUCAAACUCGAAGGAAUUAGCCCAUGGCUUUCCACUGAGAUCAUCUGAACGAAAGAAACAAGAAUUUACAGAGUCUAAACCGAAAACGACUCCCCAAGGGCGCAAGGUAAGGCAUAAUACUGGUAGCAAGUCGAAUAAUUCACGCGAUCGCUCCCUUAGUUUUGCCGAAACUCCCUCCAAGCGCACUUCUAGAUCCAAAAUCGAAAGUCAUUGGAUAGAAAGCGAUUCAGACGAGGAGAACAGCGACGAAGACUAUAAGAGAGGCCACGAGGAAGAGGACGAGGAAGAGGACGAGGAAGAGGACGAGGAAGAGGACGAGGAAGAGGACGAGGAAGAAGUGCUCGGGAAUGGGGAGGAUGGCGAGCAGGGCGGUGACGAGGUGGAGUUGAAGGAGGGUGAAACACUUGCUGGCACCGCCCUGGACUCGCCGCUUAAAACCGAGGAACUGAGCUAUUCACAUCAAUUAUACCGCACCAGAAGGUCUGCUUCGGGUCUGAAAUCGCCAGCACAAGAACACCAAUCGAAACGGGGAAGUCUCGGCCGAGCAUACAAAUCAUCCAGCGCCAGAGACGAAAGCUCAGAUCCCUCAAAUUCAGACGACGAGCUAGAGGUCUCCAAGAAUAAACCUCAACCACGGGCCUUACUCUUAGGUCCCAGUACAGCAGCAAGGGUAGCCAAGCGGCUGCCCCCAUUUCAUGUUGACUCGGCGGUGGGUAUUGCGUCUGAAGCAAGACGUGAUGGCGGUAACGACAAACUUCUCCCAAGGAAGCAGAAUACAGCACACCACCGGACACGAAGCUUGAGGACCAGCGACCUGAACCCCGAUGCAAAGACAGAGCUUCCGGAGCGACCCAGCUCAUCUGCUGGGGCCAGGACCACCAACGGACGCGAUGUCGUCGGCAAGAAGGAGAGGCCUCGCAGAGUUUUGAGGGUAAAGGCAGAAGUGCCUGUCAGCAGCUCUGUUGAAAAGGCAUUCUUUGGAUAG